AUGGCUUCUGAGCAUGCGACAGUGCGGCGAGACGCCGCCCCUCCUAGCCAUGAUACUGUCGCUGCGCAAUCUGAUACCCCGCCAAACGAAAUCCCGCCUGGAGAUGAAAAGCAUAUGGAAGAACUCGAAGAAGAAGAGGACGACGAAUACUACGAUGAUAUCUUUGCAGAUGAGCUCGCCGAUGAAGAUUUCCUUUCCUCGAAUCCCGCAGACUACACAAAAUCAUACAAUCGUCAACGUCGACUGAACGAGGUAGUUGCAGAUCCCAAUGCCCCGAAAUCGUCCUAUCCGAAGAUCAACCCGCAAAAGCCCACCGUAAACACGCAUGCGAAAAUUGACGACCAGAUAGCUACAUUGUCCAGUCAUGCUGCGAAGCUACGGCUGGACGAUUUGCAGUCCGGCCUUGGAGGCCGCACAUCCAAGGGCGCAGAGAAGAGCGACAGGGCAACUUCAGAACAAGUGCUGGAUCCGCGAACAAGGAUGUUGCUGUUACAGAUGAUCAACAGAAAUAUCAUAUCAGAAGUCAACGGGUGUCUGUCGACAGGUAAAGAGGCUAAUGUUUACCACGCCGUUUCGUAUCCUGAUGGCGAAGACGAGCCUGUACAGCGUGCCAUCAAAGUCUACAAGACAAGCAUUCUUGUAUUCAAAGAUCGGGAUAAAUUUCGGCAAGGAUACAACAAGUCUAAUAACCGAGCAAUGGUUAAAGUCUGGGCGGAGAAGGAAAUGAGGAACCUCAAGCGUAUAUACGCGGCUGGAAUUCCUUGUCCUGAACCGCUGUAUCUACGGUUGCAUGUGCUGGCAAUGGGAUUCCUUGGAAAUUCAAAAGGCUUACCUGCCCCUCGACUAAAAGACGUUGAAAUCGAAGAAGAUCCCGAAGCCCGAUGGCGAGCCCUUUACAUGGAACUAAUCGGAUACAUGAGGACUAUGUAUCAAGACUGCCGGUUGGUCCAUGCAGAUCUGAGCGAAUAUAACAUUCUCUACCACAAACACAAGUUAUACAUCAUCGAUGUCAGCCAAAGUGUCGAGCAUGACCACCCUCGGAGUCUGGAAUUCCUCCGCAUGGACAUCAAGAAUGUCAGCGAUUUCUUCAGCCGGAAAGGCGUCGAUACCCUAUCUGAGCGGACGGUCUUUGGCUUUAUCACUUCAUCAGACGGGCCCCGUAUGGUGGACGGAUCCAACGAACAGAUGAUCGCGGCGCUGGAGAAACUCUUCGCCACCAGAGCAGAUUCUCAAGACACGGAAGAUGCCGAACUUGAUACAGCGGUGUUUCGACAGCAGUACAUCCCUCAAACACUUGAACAAGUGUACGACAUUGAACGUGACGUUGAAAGACUCCAAGCCGGCGAAGGUGAGGAUCUGGUAUACCGCGACUUGCUGGCCAAUCGUGGCAAAGCGCGUGCUGCAGACGAUGUUGCGCCGGCAACGGUUGAAGACGGCUCGGAUGAGUCUGGAGGCGUCUCUGUCUCAGACGGGGAAUCAGAGGAAGACGACGCCGAGUUGGAUCCGUUCGCCAAAAAGGCUCCGCGUGGGAAGCGGUUUGAGGACAAGGAAGCGAAGCGGGACCAUAAGCGUCAGGUCAAGGAAGAAAAGCGGGAGCAGCGCGCGAAGAAGAUGCCGAAACAUAUCAAGAAAAAACUUAUAAAUGCUUCAAAAAGGAAGUAA